GGGACUGAGCGCACAGUCGGGGGUAGGUGCGGUAGUGCGGCGUCUGAUGCGCGCAGAAAGACAACACGCACAGCGCCGGACGGAUACGCACCGGAGACACCGAAAUGCACACAAAAUGCUGCGUCCACGAGCUGUGACAAGCCGCUGGAUGUGAAGGAAAACCACGCAACAGCUGACGACAAAACCCCUAAGCUUUCCGGUCCAGAUCGCAGCAAACGCGCUCAGCCUGCUUGUGUGUGUGCAUAUGUGUGCGUGUGCGUCUUUUUUGCCGCAGAAAUCAUUCCACCGGAGCUCCCCGCCGAUGCUCUUCAGCUGUGCAUGAGUCCCUCCGUUUGGUGUGCAGAUUCAGGACAAAACCGGGCGGUGUUGACGACCGUGUGUGGUGGAUCCAGUUUGUGAGUGCACCUUAUCUCCGCGCAGCCCCCCCUUAGCGACUCCUUCAGGAUGGCGUUGACGAUUUGCACGAGAUUUACCGACGAAUAUCAGCUGUUCGAGGAGCUGGGGAAGGGAGCAUUCUCUGUGGUCAGGAGGUGCGUGAAGAUCUCCUCUGGACAGGAGUAUGCUGCCAAAAUCAUCAACACCAAGAAGCUUUCUGCCAGAGAUCAUCAAAAGCUGGAGAGAGAGGCGAGGAUUUGUCGUUUACUGAAGCACCCCAACAUCGUAAGACUUCAUGACAGCAUAUCAGAAGAGGGUUUCCACUAUCUGGUGUUUGAUCUGGUGACAGGAGGAGAGCUGUUUGAGGAUAUAGUAGCCAGGGAGUACUACAGUGAGGCUGAUGCCAGCCACUGCAUACAGCAGAUCCUGGAGAGUGUCCACCACUGCCAUGUUAAUGGGAUCGUUCACAGGGAUCUGAAGCCUGAGAACCUUCUAUUGGCCAGUAAGCUGAAGGGGGCGGCGGUCAAGUUGGCUGACUUUGGGCUGGCUAUCGAGGUACAGGGGGACCAGCAGGCAUGGUUUGGUUUUGCCGGCACUCCGGGCUACUUGUCUCCAGAAGUUCUGAGGAAAGACCCAUAUGGGAAACCAGUGGACAUGUGGGCCUGUGGUGUGAUUUUGUACAUCCUGCUGGUGGGCUAUCCUCCUUUCUGGGACGAGGAUCAACACCGUCUGUACCAACAAAUCAAGGCUGGGGCCUAUGAUUUUCCGUCCCCAGAGUGGGACACUGUAACUCCUGAGGCCAAAGAUCUGAUCAACAAGAUGUUAACCAUCAACCCCAGUAAACGCAUCACUGCCGCUGAGGCCCUCAAACACCCCUGGAUCUGCCAACGGUCCACUGUAGCUUCCAUGAUGCACAGGCAGGAGACUGUGGAGUGCCUGAAGAAAUUCAAUGCCAGGAGGAAACUCAAGGGAGCAAUAUUGACCACUUUGCUGGUCACGAGAAACUUCUCAGCAGCCAAGAGUUUGCUCAACAAGAAGGCAGACGGCGUUAAGGUCAACAACAAAGCCAACACAGUGACCAGUCCUAAAGACACUGGCCCUGCCCCUGCACUGGAACCACAGACAACUGUGAUUCACAACCCAGUGGAUGGAAACAAGGAGUCCGUUGAGAGUGCCAACACCACCAUCGAGGAUGAAGAUGUAAAAGCCUGCACCAAUAACAAUAAAGCCCGCAAACAGGAAAUUAUUAAAGUCACUGAGCAGUUGAUUGAGUCUAUCAACAAUGGAGACUUUGAGGCCUAUGCGAAGAUUUGCGAUCCCGGUCUGACUUCCUUUGAGCCUGAAGCUCUGGGCAACUUGGUGGAAGGACAUGACUUCCAUCGUUUUUACUUUGAGAAUGCGCUGUCCAAAGGGAAUAAGCCGGUGCACACCAUCCUCCUGAACCCACAUGUGCACCUUAUUGGGGAGAAUGCGGCGUGUAUUGCCUAUAUACGGCUGACCCAGUACAUGGAUGGCAGCGGCAUGCCUCGCACCAUGCAGUCUGAGGAGACCCGUGUGUGGCACCGCCGUGAUGGAAAGUGGCAGAACAUUCACUUCCAUCGCUCCGGCUCGCCCAGCAUCCCAUCCCAGUAAGAGGCAUUAAUGGAAUAUCAACCUGUGGUCAAAAAAACAGAAAGAAAAAAAAAAAAGAAAUCCCAUCAGCAAACCUAGUGGUGCAGUCAACUAGCCAACCCAUGACUGCCCUUCGACCCUUCUAUAAGGAUACGACAUCGCACAGGACACAAGUAUUAUUACAUUUUACUGUUAUGGCAUUUUAUUAAUGGACAUCAUUCGAAACCACCACCGGGUGGCUGCACACCAUAUUUGGACAUUAUGAAACAAGCAUAUGGAGAACAUUUUUUUUGUUUGUUUUUUAAGAUGUUUUGGUAUGCAUUUUAAAUAUAAAAUAGAGAUGUUUAAAAUCUACUACUGUAACCUCUCCCAAAAAUUAGUUCUGUAUUUUUAUGUGUAUUUAUGUGUGUGCAAUUCAAAAACAUUUGGAAGAUCAGAAUGUUAAAAUUGAGCUUGCUUUAGUUCUGGUGAUGUAUAUACAUUGUGAUUGUUGAUUAAAAAAAAGCAAACAUUGAAAUUGCUAUUCUUGCUAUCAGAGGACUUAAGAGUUUACGUAAAAAUCCAGUUUAUGAGCUACAAUUUAUGUUUGCUAUGAGCUAAGUCAUACUGUUUAAAUUGUCAGAUUUCAACCUAUAGUACUAAUUUAAAUGUAAAGAAAAAGCAGAGCAGCUUACACUUUGCAUUGAGAUAUGUUUGCCUUUAUAUCAGUGAAAUAAGAAAUAAGAGAAUGUAGCAUAUAUGUAAUAUAAGAAAAUCCAAGACUAUUGUGUAGUGCAUGGUGGGGGGAGGGGGGUGUUAUUGUGAGUAAGAUCAUAUGAAGCUAUAAUAUCUUAUGUUUAAUUUGUCGAUCACUGACUUGUUUGUUUGCAUUUGUUAAUGUUGUGCAUCAGUCCUGUCCCAAAUGUUUCUGCUGUCCUCCAGUAUCAUGGAACUGUUGUAAAAACACUGUUACAGUUGACAUCCAGCGCAAUUAUUGAAAUCUCAUAUCUAAGAGGAGGAAAAAUAAACUCCUAGUUUGCCGAAGCCCCCGUUACAUUUUGUAUAAAAAUGAGAAGAAAACGAGCUCAUUUUUCAUAAUGUUUGUACUCGUAUUGUAUGACUGUAUGUAGGGUUUCUGUUGUCAUUUUAUUCUUGUCAUACCGGUGUGUUACUUUGCCAGCUGUAUGGAGAAGGUGCAGAUGAUGAAGAUGAAGCAAAGGCACUAGAGUGUCUACAUUCAGUCAGAACAAGUGUUAACCUGAUGGUUGGACUAAGAAGUCUGGAAGCGUCGCAAAAGCAGGGGAUCGAAAAAAAUGUUGCUGUCAGAGAUAGAGUCAGAUGAGAGUUGGACUCAAAGAAACGUUGGGAUGUCUUCCUCGACGAUCAGUGCUUCUGCCGGCCAGUGGUCUCACCGCUGCGGGACAAUGACAGUGUCUUCAUCAUCAACACCGUUCGCUCUUUUCAAUUGGUCUGUCUCUUCUUUUUUAAGGGGGAAAAUAUGAUAAACAUUUCUUUUGACGAAACGUAUGAUGUCAAUGCAAUGCACCACUCCUUAUAUGGUGUCUACCUGUUGCCAGCAUGGCAAUGGAUGGCUUAACAUGUUUAAGAAAUAAAUAAAUCAGCUAAAAGGUGUGAUAUUGAA